AUGACUACCCCGGCCGCGUUACCCCCGCUGCCCUUUAACCCGGGCAGGGUCCGAUCAUACGUCCUGCGCUUGCCGCUCUUCACGCGACUGGUCCUUCUGGUAAUACUGGUGUUUUGGUUGCUGGAAUUGCAGACCGUAUGGAGCGUGGUAACAUGGGGCGCCCUGAUCCCAAAUGAAAUCAAUAUUGGCACGAGUAUGUUCCUCCUGGGUACCCCCUUCGCAUUUGAGCCGACUGUGGCUUCGAGAAAUGGUUCUGGGCUGACGCUGGUGAUAGUGUACCGACUCAACACCUACCCUCUGAUUCAUACUGGUUUCUUCCAUGCGGCUCUCAAUGUGCUGGCAUUGACGCCCCUUUUGGAACGGUUCGAGGCGGAGCAUGGUACUCUCACCUCAAUUGCUCUCUUUGUUGGACCGCUCUCAACUUUCCCUGGAGGUUUGUACACUGUGAUUGAAAGAUUCCUCUUGAAGAGCAACACCCAGGUCAUUGGGUCGAGUGUCUGGGUCUUCCUUCUUCUAGGCUCCGAGGCCAUUCGGACAUUCAAGUCUAGCCCCUAUUUUAGUCUGGGUCCGUAUAAAAUCCCUACCUGGACAUCGCCGCUCUUCGCAUGCGCUGUGCUCUCGAUUUUGGUAUCGAGCGCGAGCUUCCUUGGCCACAUUUGCGCUAUUCUGAUCGGUUACCUGUUUGGUCUUGGUUAUCUCAAGGUCUUCGUGCCCCCCGAGAAAGUCCUCCGAUGGAUCGAGGGCAAAUUGAACCUCCUCGGAAGACUCCCGCACUAUGUCUCUGUCGACCAAAAGACCUUUGGUCGCUACGGCGUCUUGCCUUCCGUGAAUGCUGCUGCUACGAUCCGCAGUCUGCGGAAUAACCCCCAAUUCCUUUUCGGUCGCUUGCCUAACAUCCUUUCGUUCCUCUGCAUUGUUGUAGGCGUGGCUUGGCUACUUCUACUUCCCUUGGACGAAUACUCCCGGCAAACCUACAUUUCCGAGAAUGCGCUCCUGCCGGGCCAAGUACACGCUUACUUCACCGGCAGUGAGCAGAACAUCUUCCGAGGAUAUAAGAAAGAGCUCCAGGGGUUGAUCCAGGAUGGUCGCGAACAAGGACCACUCAAUCCCGCGGUGGUAUCAACACCGGAGAUUUCAAACAAGAUCUCUUCGAUCUUGCGAGAUGCUGGACUCAAAGUUGCGACUCAAAAGUACGAGUACAAAUCGGCGGGAAUCACAUACCAGGGAGAGAACGUCUAUGGUAUAAUUCACGCGCCACGAGGCGAUGCGACAGAGGCAAUUGUCUUGGUUGCAGCGUGGAAGACGGCCGAUGACGAAUUGAACUUGAAUGGUGUCACGCUGGCAUUGACUCUGGCCAGAUAUUUCAAACGCUGGUCGCUUUGGUCCAAGGACAUCAUUCUCGUUUUCCCUCCAGACAGCAAAACAGGUACCCAGGCCUGGAUCGAUGCAUAUCACGACUUACACCCCGCGUCUGUGCAGCCGCUUCCGUUGAAGAGUGGCGCGUUGCAAGGGGCGCUGGUCAUCGAAUAUCCCUUUGAGCAUCAUUUCCGCAGCCUCCACAUCGUAUAUGAUGGAGUCAAUGGCCAGCUUCCGAACCUCGAUCUCUUCAAUACAGCCGUGGCGAUUGCGAGCGGUCAAAUGGGAAUGGGCGCCAAUCUCCAGGAGAUGUUGCAACACGACAAUAGCUACCAAGACCGCCUGAAGACUAUGAUGCGAAGCAUGACCAAACAGGGUCUUGGCUACGCAACUGGAGCACACAGUAGCUUCAUGCCGUACCACAUUGAUGCCAUUACUCUUCAACCCAAGGGUGAGGGCUGGGAGGAUGAAAUGGCACUCGGCCGGACAAUUGAAAGUCUUUGUCGUAGCUUGAACAACCUGCUGGAGCAUCUGCACCAAAGUUUCUUUUUUUAUUUACUCAUGCAGACCAAUCGCUUCGUCAGCAUCGGAACCUAUCUGCCUAGUGCCAUGUUGAUUGCUGGCAAUUUCACCAUCAUGGCCAUUGCUCUCUGGAUGCGCAGUGGCUACGAUUCAGAUGGGAAGAGCACGCUUGGUGCUGGCUCCUCCGAGACCGGGACGAGCAAGAGUGAUGAAAAAGCGGCCUCGCUCAAAGGUCCAGAGGGUGACCAAGCUAACCUCAAUGGAAAUACUGUCGCCGAGCGUGUCUUGGCUCUGCCGCUAACUCUGGUCAGCGGCUUGCACCUGCUGGGACUAUUGCCGCUAUGGACGUUCAACACGAUCUUCCAUCAGUACUUUUUAUUCGCCACCUAUGCUUUCGUCCUCGUAGACCUACUCCUCCCACUAACCCUCGCCGCCUGGCUCUCGCACGGCCUGGGCGUUUCCAAACCCUUCAUCCCCCAGCAAUAUCUCCUGGUCAAGUCCUUCGCCCUGCUCAUUCUGGGACUCUGUCUUUCAACACUCGCAACCCUCAAUUUCUCCCUAUCUUUCAUGAUCGGACUUCUCAGUGCGCCGCUUAGUUUCGUGACUCGCGUUUCGGGCUCGGCCUCGACGCGCUAUCCAGUCGCCGUGUUGGGACUGGUGUUGAUGAAUCUUCUUUCGCCGCCUGCCGUUCUUCUUGGUGGGAGCUGGUUUACUGGGGUGUCGAUUGAGACGAUUCUUACGCAGGCUGCCUUUGGCUGGGAUGUCUGGGGUAUGUGGACGCAGGUGGUUGUCUGGUGUGUGUGGUGGCCAGCGUGGUUGACGGGUUGUGUACUGCUUGGGUCUUCGUUGUUUUGA